ACCCCCUCUCCUCCUCACACACUGCCUCUACCUUCCCCUCCCAUCCCGGGGCUCUGCUCGGCUCUCUCUCCCCUCUCUACCACACAUAUACAUCAGUAUGUCUUUAGCACCGGUAGCGCUAUACAGUCAGCGAGCAGAGAAGCCGGUUUAGUAUUCCGAGCACAGGGGAAGAGAGGGAGGGAGGGGAGAGUGAAAUACAAAGAAAAAACGAGGGUGAGAAGACAGAAAACACAUUCCAAGACAAGAAAAUAGGAAAGGAUGAGAGGGGAGCGGCGAGAUACCAUAUUGUUCAUUUCUCCCUCUCAGUCUACCCCUCCGCCUUAUUCUUCCAUCCCAGGUGAUGUUGGAGCCAUUUAUAAGACAUUCUAUGAAUCUAGGUUGGAGGAAAACCAGGAAAACUACUGCAUUCCAUUGAAUCCGCUUGGAACUACAUUACCCAGAGCUGAACCGUGCUCUAAAUGUUGUUAGAGCUAUCCCUAUCUCUGUGACAUUAGAAGAAGAAGAACACAAACUAGUAUAAGGUUAUGACUUUGUUGGAAGCAUAACCAAGUGUUGUUCAGCUGUAUCUUGGUGGAGAAGACAUUUCAAACAGGACAGGGACUCCUAGGCUUUACAAACAACUCUAAUACAGGAAAAGACAAAGGGGUGGGUUUGGCUCACACAUUUAUGGGCGUGUCAGUCAUGGAGGGUCUCUGCUAGACUCCGCCUAAGUAAACACCGCCUGACAGAGCCCCUCCCCUUAUUCCUGGAUUGGUCCAAUCUCCACCGGCCCCAACCAUUUCUCCAGACCAUCCAAGGAACGUGGCCGGAUCGAACCUCUUCUCACCCAGGUGCCGUCCAUUUGGUGAGGGCGGCGAGGGCUGUGCUGUGAUUGGUUGACUGCGGGUGGGAGUGCAAUGCGGAUUGGAGGAUGUCGGGGGACUGGGAUGAAGACCACCUGUGUAAGAAGGCACUCACUCUGGUGGAGGAGUUGUGCUUACACUCCUCAGCGAAGGACAGCCAUGAAGCCAGCUGCCGAGACUUCGUCUAUAUGAUGAGGGGACAGCAGCACGAAACAGAGAUCUCUGUCAGCCUGUUGUCGGUGAUCGUGACGUUCUGCGGGAUCGUCCUUCUCUCAGUCUCUCUCUUUGUCUCCUGGAAGCUCUGUUGGUUGCCAUGGCGAGACAAGGAGGGUGGGGGCCUGAGCUUGACAUCAGGGCUGAUGCCCGGGGGUGUGGGUGGGAUGGGCGGCAGUGGGGGGGCCUCCCUCCUACCUCCUGUUAUGCAGAGGAAGGCGUCCCACUCCUCACUCUACCCCUCCCUGGCCCAGUCCCAGCAACAUCACCCCCAUUUCUCUGACCUGGUGGGGGUGGAGGGUGGCCAGGGGGUGGGGGGCGUGGUGGGAGGCCCGGAGCAGACCCAGGAACACUCCUACCUGGACAUGGACUCCUACCCCAACAACACUGGGAAUCUUAAAUUGAGCCAGACGUCUCCAGAGUUGCCCCCCACCACUGAGGGGGGAGCCGCCCCACCCCACAAAGACAUGCCCAACGCCCACUCCCAGCAGCAGGUCACUGCACGGCCCAAGCCCAUGACUCACCAGUUGUCCAGCCCUGAUUUCCAUGGUGAGGAGAAGAGCGAGCAGGUGACCAGCAUUGGCCAAAUCAAACCAGAACUCUACAGACUGCGUGGGGGCGACCAGGGGGAAGGGAAAGCAGGGGACAAUUGCGGCAAGAUCAGCUUCCUCCUGCGCUACGCCUUCAAUACAGAGCAGCUAGUGGUGAAGAUCCUGAAGGCUGUAGACCUGGCUGCCAAGGACGCCAACGGUUUCUCAGACCCCUACGUUAAGAUCUACCUUCUGCCAGACAGGAAGAAGAAGUUCCAGACCAAGGUCCACAGAAAGACCCUAAACCCUAUCUUCAACGAGACGUUCCAGUUCGGUGUCCCCCUGGCAGAGCUGCACUCCCGGAAGCUACACUUCUCUGUCUACGACUUUGACCGCUUCUCCAGACACGACCUGAUUGGCCAGGUGGUUGUGGACAACCUUCUGGACUUCAGCGAGGGCACAGGGGAAAAGCCUGUCUGGAGGGACAUAGUGGAGGGCACAGCGGAGAAGGCUGACCUCGGGGAGCUGAACUUCUCUCUGUGUUACCUGCCCACGGCAGGUCGGCUCACCGCCACUGUCAUCAAGGCCACCAACCUCAAAGCCAUGGACCUCACCGGCUUCUCAGACCCAUACGUGAAGGCUUCUCUGAUAUGUGACGGCCGCAGGCUAAAGAAGAGGAAGACCUCCAUUAAGAAGAAUACGUUGAACCCCACCUACAACGAGGCUCUAGUCUUUGACAUCCCUCAUGAGGACAUCGACAGGGUGUCCAUCAUCAUCGCUGUCAUGGACUAUGACUGGUAAGAAGAGACCUGGGCUGUUAUUACUUUGU